AUGCGCUUCCAUCGGGAGACGGUCAAAAGUGUCCAAGGUGACACCUUCACGUCUCGUUUCGUCCGCCAGUCCAGAACCCAAAGAGGUUCAGUUUACUGUCCUACGGCUCUUCACUGGGCAGCCAAGCAGGGCCAUCAGGAGGCGCUGGACAUGAUGCUUCGCUCUGGAGCCGACGUCAACGUCAGAUCGCAUGGGGGCUACACUGCUCUCCACCUCGCCUCCAUUCACGGCCACCAGCACAUCGUCCGCGCCCUCAUCAACACUUACAAUGCUAAAACCAGCAUCAGAGAUUAUCACGGGAAGACGGCUGUUCACUACUGGAGCGGCUGCACCGACAUCUUCAACAAACCAGACUCUCAGGCAGGUGGGAGGUUUUCUCGAGGAAGAUGGACUCAGCGGUACAAUCUGCCGUCUUUGCGUCUUUCUCGUUCUCGCAGUCAUGGUCAGCUCAACCUGGAGUUUGGGACGGUGCCUCAGUCGUCUCCUCACGACAUGUUGGACCUCCAAGUGUGACUUUUACGCUCCUGCUGGAGAUCCUUCCUCCAAUGAAACUGUAUGUUCAACUUUCCAAAGCGGCUCCACAAUCAGUCCCGUUGAAUUUGUCCACCUGGUGUUUAUCAUUUUCUUUGGACCUAGUGGCUGAAACCUUUAUAACACAGCGUGUUCAGAGAGUAAUGGUUUUGUAUACGAGGAUUUAUUUGGGCUGAGGUGCAUCAUGAGACUCCGCUUGGUUCAUACAGGUCAGUGAAAGCAAAGUGGUGGAUGAGACUUCAAAGUGUUGACUCUCUUUCAGAUUUAACCGUGACCACGACACUUCCCGAACUCUAAACA